UAUUUUGAUACAUAUUUAUAUAUGGGAAAUUAUUUAGAAAAGGCGCGUAGGUGACAAAGGCUGAAUAUGACGGUGGAGAAGAGUAAAGGUUCGAUACAGAAGUUGCCGCCGGCCACGAGGAAGGUCGCGCCAGAUGGCGGCUGGGCAUGGAUGGUAUGCCUGGGAGUCAGCUUAGUCAAUUUUUCAACACGUUCCCUGGAGCCGUCUUUUGGUCUCCUGUUCAAAGACUUACUUGAUGACUUGGGUGUGCAUACGACGGGAGCCUCCGUCAUCGCCAGUACCUUGGAUUCGGUUGUCAACUUUUCCGGCUUCUUCGUAGGCCCUGUGAUAAAGACCUUUUCGUAUAGGAAGGUCUGUUUUGUUGGCUCUACGAUAUGUGCCCUAGGACUGCUGUUCACGGCUCCGGCGAACAGCAUGGGUCAUAUCAUAGCAACGUAUAGUAUAUUAGGAGGUUUCGGAGUUGGAUUGGCCUCAUCAUCAUCAUUCGUGUCUCUUAACCAUUAUUUCUCGAAGAAAAGAGGUCAGGCAGUGGGAUUGUCUAUGGCUGGUACUGGGUUUGGCUUGAUGGUGAUGCCCCAGCUGGUUAAACUGUUGCUAGGGGAGUACGGCUUCAGAUGGACUGUGGUUAUCCUGGGUGCGUUAGCAUUCCACGCAGUUCUAGGCUCAUGUCUCUUGCAGCCUGUUAAGAGGCACCUUAUUGAUGAACCGUUGGACUGCGAAAUGCAACAAGUGAAGGAGAUGGAAUGCAUUCACGAAAGCGACGAAGAAGAGGAGGAUAAAUUCGAAAUCAAUCCACUUGUCAGUCAUCCAAUGCCAAAAUUAACCACACAACGAUCUCAUACAAACAUGAACCAUCCGUCAGUCCGUACGAUAGGGUUGCCACGAGCGAAGACGUGUGAUAAACCUCUGCAGGAGUUCGAGAAGAACGCAGCCCUAGGCCUAGGGUUGACGACCGCCGCCUCAGUGGCCGCCAUGCAGAGGGUCACCUCUAGUGGAAGUAUGAGUGAAGCGGCGAGGAAGAGAAAGUUUUCGGUUAUUUCGAAUAUUUCGAAUAUGGACUUCACCGGCAGUUAUUUACAAUUGUAUCUGGAUACCGCCGACGAUGAUGCGAUUCAAAUGAAAGCGAUAAAGAAAGCGGAGCCCGAACAAGAGAAGAAGAAAGGCUUCCUAAGAAAGUUCAUAGCGCUAAUGGAUCUAGAUCUCCUAAAAGACUGGUCUUUUUUGAAUCUUCUACUCGGUCUAUCGCUCUUUUGGAGCGGUGAACUGCAAUUCAGAAUGUUAACGCCAUUUUUUAUUAGAAGUUUAGGUUAUAAUAUGAACGAAACUGCGUUCUGUUUGUCUAUGACGGCUAUCACUGAUAUCCUUGUUAGAUUGAUUUUGCCGCCGAUUUUUGAUAGGACUUCGAUCUCGAAGAAAAUGAUAUUUUUUAUAUCUGCAUUCUUCCUCGCUGCUACGAGAUCAGUGUUAGCUGAACAAAGCGAGUGGGUGCCGUUAAUGGUGUGGCUGUCGAUCUGCGGGUUCUUCAGAGGUAUGUGCCUCAGCAACUUCACGCUGACCAUCUCCGAGUACUGUCCGCUGGAGAAGCUGCCCGCAGCCUUCGGCCUGCACAUGGUCAGCAAGGGCGUCUUCGUUGUCAUCAUCGGACCUGUUAUUGGUUACGUGAGGGAUUACACGGGCAGUUUUGCGACGUGUAUUCAUGUACAGAACGCACUGAUUAUGUCGUGUGUGCUGGUGUGGGGCGUGGAGUACGCGCUCGCCUUCACCAGGCGUCGGAAAAUUGUACAGAUAUAAAAAAUAACGAUACUCUAUGGUAUUCAAUAUUAGUUGUGUGAAACUGCAACAAAAAAAAAGUGUCGGGCAUAGAUUCACGAAUUUACGAUAGUAAUUCGUAAAUUAGAUGUUUUCAAGUCUUACCGACACAAUAAACUUUAUCUUUAUUUUAUUUAAUUAUAUUUGAUUUAUGUAUUUGUCUAGUUUUUAGACGUUUUUGAAACUUAAUCUGUUGUAUUUAGAUAUAACCUUACAAUUAUUAAAUUUCGUUUCUAUCCAACUUCGAUAGACAAUAGUAAAUAGAAAGCCAGUGUACACUAGCUACUGGCACGUGUAAUGGGCAUGCCAGUACUUGGCAUGUAAGUAGCUAUAGAUUUUUAACUUAAUUGGUAUUUGGAUUGUAACGAAUGUGAAGUACAUAUUGAUAUUAGUUUUUUUUAGAAUUUAAUGAACUAUUUCAUGACAUUUAGUUCUCUUUGUCUUAUUUUUUUCUCAAAUUAAUUUUAAAUAUGAUGACGUUUGUUGUAGGAUAGUAACUUUUUCGAAUAAUAAUCUACAAAGAUUUAUUACAUUUUUACACGAUUUUGUAUUAAUGUUUACUUUUUGAUUGACUUAUGAAAUUUUUUCUCUAAUUUUCUGUUUUCUAUUGAACAUUACUGUUAUUAAAAGUUUUAAUUUAGAUUUAUCUUACUAAACAAAAUAAUGCCAAUAUUUUAACAAAACGUAAACUUCAAAUUUGUUGUUAGGUAUAUAGAAAUUUAUUUUGUUUAACUUAGUUUAGUAACCAGACUUUUAUGUAGUUGUAAUGCAAUAAGGGCAUGUUCACAUGUAACAUUUUUUAAUCGUGAAUUGUGAACGCAAUUUAAUUUUCUCUUUUCAUAUUAAGUAUCAUUCGGAACGUACUGGCUUCGCAAUUACCAGUACCGGAAUUAACUUAAGGCGAGGAAGGGACUUCGGAGGGCGCCGGAUUUAAAGGGGCGCCAUGGGCGCCUUUUAUCAUAUGGAUUUUUAUUACAGUUAGGUAAUACUGUAAAAAUCUCGCCUAAGGCGCUAGUAAUAUUAAAACAGGCCCUGGCCAUUAAUCUGUGCGUAGUUGUUAAAAGUCACUAACUAGUUCACAGUUGUCGGCUGAUAAUACGCUUUGUGUGAACAUGGCCUUAAUUUGGUGUGGAGUGAUAACAGCCUAGUGAGUAGGAUUCUAUAAUAGGAUGGUUAAAAAUGGUGCUCGUAUGUGUCGAUGGGAAGUGUUUUGAAAAACAAUUAGGCGAUGGCUCCUACGUAAACUGUCAUAAGUCAAAUUUUAAGAUUUCCUCCUUGUUUUAUAUUUUUUAAAUAAUUUUGAUUGCCUGAUUUCUCUGUAAAUUUGAAACGUACGUUAGAAAGAAGAAUUCUAGAUUUAGUUUGUUUAUCAUAUUUAUGUUUGAUGCUUAAUAAUCAAUCUUAUUAAUAUUUAUAGUUUUGCGUUUCAAAUAUACGAUAGUUUACGUAGGAGCCAUCGUAAUGUCAAUGUCUUUUAAAUAAAAAAGUAUGUUUUUUUGUAAUAUUCCAGUGUUUGCAGCUAUUUCAGAUAGAAAAGUAACAAUGAUUAUGCUCAAGUUUUGUUUCUGUUAAUAUUUUUAGUACAUGAUAAUUCCAGUGAUAAUAUUCACAUUUUGCAUUAAAAUUGUACAAGAAUUUGCUAUAAAAAUAUCAUGAAAUCAUUUCUUUAAAGAAAAUAAGAUAAGAACAUGUUUCAAAUUUGUUUUCGCAGUGGAAACGUAAAUUUUGUACAAAUUCUUUAGAUUCUUUACACAUUAGUUACUUUCGACUAUUUCUAAAAUAUUUGUAUGAAUAUUAGUGACUUGUAAGAAAUAUUUUUAUACAGCUCUAUCUAGUAAACUAUUUAGGCAUAUAGGCUGUAGUUAUCUGAACUGGAUUAAAGGUAAAUUAGAAGACUUCUUGAUAGUUUAGUGUUUGUUAUAAAUUAUUGUUAUAUCUGAUAGUUAAUGGUAUUUAACAAUGUAGGUCGAACAGAUUUUUCACUCGUGUUAGUUUUUCAGUUGAGUAUAAUUUAAUUGGACUAAUAUUAACAAAAAAUUAGCUCUCCCCAUUUUAGAUUUUUGUUAUGCCCUAGUAGAUGUUACGGAAGCAAUGUAUUAUAUUUAAAUCUCAUAAUAAAAGCGAGGUUUGGAAAUAAAAAAAAAAUAUUUACAAACCAUUUACAACGUAGGGUAUCGUAUAGUCGGACCAGAAAUUAUAAAAACCCUUGAAUAGACGUAAAAUCUGAAACCAAUUUCAUCAUUAAAUAGAUUGAAGCCGCCAUUCAGAGUUUUUAUAUUCUUGAUUGGGCUAUGUUUGCGUUUUAAAGAAAUACGUGGGACGUAAUGAUUAUCUGUACUUAACUGUAUACCUUUUAUGUUAAACUAGCUGUUCCCAUGCGACUUCAUCCACAUAGAAUUGUGAAAAUUUUAUUUUAUUGUUUACAUUUGUCAAA